GGCACCUCCCCUUUCGGACAGCUCAAGGGGCUCAGCCAACUGGCUCACGCCUCCCCUUCAGCUUAUCUUCACGCCCUCCAAGAUCUAAACCGAGAAUCGAAACUAAGCUGGGGUCCAUGGAGCCUGCACCCGCCCGAUCUCCGAGGCCCCAGCAGGACCCCGCCCGGCCCCACGCGCCCACCAUGCCUCCCCCCGAGACCCCCUCUGAAGGCCGCCAGCCCAGCCCCAGCCCCAGCCCUACAGAGCAAGCCCCCCCUUCGGAGGAGGAGUUCCAGUUUCUGCGCUGCCAGCAAUGCCAGGCCGAAGCCAAGUGCCCGAAGCUGCUGCCUUGUCUGCACACGCUGUGCUCAGGAUGCCUGGAGGCGUCGGGCAUGCAGUGCCCCAUCUGCCAGGCGCCCUGGCCCCUAGGUGCAGACACACCUGCCCUGGAUAACGUCUUUUUCGAGAGUCUGCAGCGGCGCCUGUCGGUGUAUCGGCAGAUUGUGGACGCGCAGGCUGUGUGCACCCGCUGCAAAGAGUCUGCGGACUUCUGGUGCUUUGAGUGCGAGCAGCUCCUCUGCGCCAAGUGCUUCGAGGCACACCAGUGGUUCCUCAAGCACGAGGCCCGGCCCCUAGCAGAGCUGCGCAACCAGUCGGUGCGUGAGUUCCUGGACGGCACCCGCAAGACCAACAACAUCUUCUGCUCCAACCCCAACCACCGCACCCCUACGCUGACCAGCAUCUACUGCCGAGGCUGUUCCAAGCCGCUGUGCUGCUCGUGCGCGCUCCUUGACAGCAGCCACAGUGAGCUCAAGUGCGACAUCAGCGCAGAGAUCCAGCAGCGACAGGAGGAGCUGGACGCCAUGACGCAGGCGCUGCAGGAGCAGGAUAAUGCCUUUGGCGCGGUCCACGCGCAGAUGCACGCAGCCGUCGGCCAGCUGGGCCGCGCGCGUGCCGAGACCGAGGAGCUGAUCCGCGAGCGCGUGCGCCAGGUGGUAGCUCACGUGCGGGCUCAGGAGCGCGAGCUGCUGGAGGCGGUGGACGCGCGGUACCAGCGCGACUACGAGGAGAUGGCUAGUCGGCUGGGCCGCCUGGAUGCUGUGCUGCAGCGCAUCCGCACGGGCAGCGCGCUGGUGCAGAGGAUGAAGUGCUACGCCUCGGACCAGGAGGUGCUGGACAUGCACGGUUUCCUGCGCCAGGCGCUCUGCCGCCUGCGCCAGGAGGAGCCCCAGAGCCUGCAAGCCGCCGUGCGCACGGACGGCUUCGACGAGUUCAAGGUGCGCCUGCACGACCUCAGCUCUUGCAUCACCCAGGGAACAGAUGCAGCUGCAUCCAAGAAAGCCAGCCCAGAGGCUGCCAGCACUCCCAGGGACCCUACUGACGUUGACCUGGAUGUCUCCAAUACAACCACAGCCCAGAAGAGGAAGUGCAGCCAGACCCAGUGCCCCAGGAAGGUCAUCAAGAUGGAGUCUGAGGAGGGGAAGGAGGCAAGGUUGGCUCGGAGCUCCCCGGAGCAGCCCAGGCCCAGCACCUCCAAGGCAGUCUCACCACCCCACCUGGAUGGGCCGCCUAGCCCCAGGAGCCCCGUCAAAGGAAGUGAGGUCUUCCUGCCCAACAGCAACCAUGUGGCCAGUGGCGCCGGGGAGGCAGAGGAACGCAUUGUGGUGAUCAGCAGCUCGGAAGACUCAGAUGCUGAAAACUCGUCCUCCCGAGAGCUGGAUGACAGCAGCAGUGAGUCCAGCGACCUCCAGCUGGAAGGCCCCAGCACCCUCAGGGUCCUGGACGAGAACCUUGCUGACCCCCGAGCAGAAGACAGACCUCUGGUUUUCUUUGACCUCAAGAUUGACAAUGAAACCCAGAAGAUUAGCCAGCUGGCUGCGGUGAACCGGGAAAGCAAGUUCCGAGUGGUCAUCCAGCCUGAAGCCUUCUUCAGCAUCUACUCCAAGGCCGUGUCCCUGGAGGUGGGGCUGCAGCACUUCCUCAGCUUUCUGAGCUCCAUGCGCCGCCCUAUCUUGGCCUGCUACAAGCUGUGGGGGCCUGGCCUCCCGAACUUCUUCCGUGCCCUGGAGGACAUUAACAGGCUGUGGGAAUUCCAGGAGGCCAUCUCGGGCUUCCUGGCUGCCCUGCCCCUCAUCCGGGAGCGUGUGCCCGGGGCCAGCAGCUUCAAACUCAAGAACCUGGCCCAGACCUACCUGGCGAGAAACAUGAGCGAGCGCAGCGCCAUGGCUGCCGUGCUGGCCAUGCGUGACCUGUGCCGCCUCCUCGAGGUCUCCCCGGGCCCCCAGCUGGCCCAGCAUGUCUACCCCUUCAGUAGCCUGCAGUGCUUUGCCUCCCUGCAGCCCCUGGUGCAGGCGGCUGUGCUGCCCCGGGCCGAAGCCCGCCUCCUGGCACUACAUAACGUGAGCUUCAUGGAGCUGCUGAGUGCACACCGCCGUGACCGGCAGGGGGGCCUGAAGAAGUACAGCCGCUAUCUUAGCCUGCAGACCACCGCGUUGCCCCUUGCCCAGCCUGCUCUCAACCUGCAGGCUCUGGGCAACUACUUCGAAGGCCUGUUGGAGGGUCCGGCGCUGGCACGGGCAGAAGGAGUCUCCACCCCUCCUGUUGGCCAUGGCUUGGCAGAGAGGGCCUCCCAGCAGAGCUGAGAGGAGGGGGUGACUGGCUUGGAGUCUCUGGUGGGCAGAGAGGGAUGGGGUCCCUGAGCCAGGCCCCACCCAUCACAGCAUUCCCAGGUCCUGGUACCCAGCCCUCAGUUGUCAUUUGGUUCAGAAUCAGUUCCCUUUCUCUGGGACCAAAUUUCCCUUCUCUAAACAUCCUUCAGAGAAGAGUCCAAAGCUGAGCACCCACCACCCCAGGUGUGCACCAGACUCCUAUUAGCCUCUCCUUCCAGGAGCUAGAACCAGGGAGGUCCUGAGUGAGGAAGGCAUGACCUCUGGGCUCUCUAGGUGGCCCUGGUCUUUCCCCAUCCAUCCCACCUGCCACUACCUUGGGUGCCCUUACAGCUCUGCCCUGACCCCAGCCCCUGCCCCAGGACACCUGCUGACAGCUCCCACAGAGAACAGUCUGAGGGGAUGCUGGCUACAGCGCUGGCAGCCCAUGGCGACUCAAAGUGCCUUCCAAACCAAACUGCCCCUCAUGAGGUUUGGGUCCUCCACCCUCCACCUGCCCAGAGGUCAACUCUGUUCCCUUCUCCUUUCAUCCCAGAGGGGCCUCAUCAGCAAAGACAGAAACUGAUGUUCCACGCAUGUCCCUGCUUCCAAAGCCUGACCUUGCAAAGCUUGCUUCCUUCCUCCUGGCUGCACAGACACCUCUGCUUGGCCACAGCUUUGCUCUUCGGUCCUCAGGCCACCAGACCCCUCACAGCAUGGCCCUUGGCUCUUCCUGCACUGCCCUCACCCUCAGCCGUCCCAAGGAGCGCCCAGCACUACUCAGCGUGUAGUCCAGGACCUGUGGCAUCAGCAUCCCCUGGGAGCUUCUUAGAAAUGCAGACCCGUGGGCUCUACCGCAGGCCUCUGGGAUCAGAAUCUUCAGGGUGGGGCGAAGCAGUCUGUGUUUUAACAGGUUCUCCCGGUGAUGCUGGUGCAUGCUCAAGUUUGAGAACCGCUGCACUCAUAGACUGCUCCUCCAAGGGGAAGCAGUGUGGAACAGCAGAGAAAGUCCUGUCCCUAUCUCUGACUGUGCAGUGAGUGUGGCCUAGGAAUAGGCCCCUUCCUAAGCUCUAGUGUCCCCAUCUGCAAAAUGGGCUGAUUGGCCUCCAUGGUCAGAGCAGCCAUCUGGCUGUGCCAUCCUGCAUUUUUAGGAAUGGAAAGCAGGCCUCUGAGGCAGUGGACAGGAAGAUUUCUCAUCCUUGAAUUCUAGCUCCCAUUCCAAACUGUUAGUCCCUAACCUUGUGGUCACAUCAGAGGUCAACAGCAGAACAGAGGCAGGUCAGGGUUGUCCGCUCUGAUUAGCAGAACAACGGACCCUUCCUCCUCCUCCCUCCUUCCCAUCCCUUCUCAUUGGCUCCCUGCUCCUGGGAUGCUUCCCAAGCAGCCCAGACCUCUAGCCUCCAUGGCUGAUGAACUCAGCUUUCACGUCGGUGAAAUCUGUGUACCCAUACUGCAGCCCCAUCCCAUGGGGGCCCUGAAGACCCACUGAGGAAUUCCGUAGGGUCUUGUUCCCACGACCGGAGUGCUGGCUCUCACAGUGAACUUUGAUGCAUUUAAAAUAAGAUUCUGAUGCCAAACUGUUAAAGCAGGCGCUGGUUCUGAAGCACCGAUGGAAACAGAUUGAUGCAGAUGGAAGGAGGAAGGGAGACUGGGCCCACUGAUUUCCAGCCCCACCAUGUGUGCUGUUUUCAGAUGUGAUUGGGGGGUGUUCUGCCCUGCCUCCACUGUCACAGCCUUUAAUAAAGAUGUGAAUCUUGAAA